UGAUUCUUUGCUCAAUUAUCAUUACCCUCAUGUUUCCUUCUUCAAGAAAGUCUUUCUCGAUCCAAUCUUAAUGGAGAUCAUUUUGUAUGCGCCUUUUACAAGAAAUUGUCUUGGUAUGCCUUGCUGGAUUUUGAGUAGGUCACGUGGCAGCUCCCCGCAGAUCUCCCCUGCAGUCAGAUCUGGAGGUGCAUGAGCUGUGCAGCUUCGAACAUUUAUCCGAAAGCGAGAUCUUCAUGGCGUCACUCAUUGUCGGUGGAGGAGAACUUCUGGAUGACCACGACCGCCAACGAUGAGCUGCCUCGGACACCUGUUGUUAUACUGUCAUGGUACGUUGUGAUAUAUGACGCUGAGUCAAGUGGCAUCUUCAAUUCGGUCUUUCUGAAGGAUGAGGCUCGAACUAAGAAAAUUGUCCAACAUGAGCCCCGUGCAUCUGGUAUUCGUUGUCCUCCUCUUGGCCGUAGUGCCUGCUCUCACAUCAGAUCCUCCCGUCGUGGACCUUGGCUAUGCACUCCAUCAAGCAACAGUAUCAUCUGAAAACUCUUCUUACCUGACAUUUCCAAACAUUAGAUAUGCGGCCCCUCCAUUGGGAUCUUUGAGGUUCUCAGUCCCGCAUCCGCCCUUGUAUAACCGAUCAGCGGGUAUACAAAACGGCGCAUAUGGCAAGAUUUGCCCGCAAGGUACCCCGAUAUGGUCCAAUGCAACUCUGGCAACUAGCCCACCUGGACCGACUGAGAGUGAAGAUUGCCUCUUUCUGGAUGUCACGGUAUCAAAGACUACCUUCGAAAAAGGUGGUGCAGCUGUCAUUAUUUGGCUUCAUGGUGGAGGGUAUAUCAUGAGAAGCAAAGCAGUUGGUGGUAGUCCAAUUGGUAUUCUUGAUCGAAGUGCAGAGCAUGCUGAAGGCGCCGUCUUUGUUGCGGUUAAUUAUAGGCUUGGUGCUUUUGGUUGGAUGAGUGGACCACUCUUCCAGGAGAGUGGCACUCCAAAUGCCGGACUUUUAGACCAAAGAAGGGCAUUUGAGUGGGUGCAAAAGUAUAUCCAUCUUUUCGGAGGAGAUCGAAAUAGUGUGACUGUGAUGGGCGAGUCUGCAGGAGCGGGUAGUAUCCUGCAUCACAUCACUGCAUAUGGUGGGAGACAAGGCCCUGGAAAAUUGCCAUUUCAGCAAGCUAUUGUCCAAAGCCCAUCUAUUCACAACCCAACCAAGUCGCCUGUACUGGAAGAUCAGCUGACACGAAGUUUCCUCGACGCUGCGGGCGUGGUGACACUCAAUGAAGCAAAGACUCUUUCAUCUGAAGUGCUGCAGAUGGCGAACAAGGAGGUUAUUGCUAGUUCUGCCUUCGGACUGUAUAAAUUCCAGCCCACGGUCGACGGUGAUUACAUCACAGAUAUCCUUGGAAUCUCACUCCUUCGCGGAGAAUUCGACCCCACCAUUUCUGUCAUCUCAGCUCACAAUUCUAACGAAGGAUUCGUCUACACUGACCCAUCAGCUACCAACUCGUCCGCACUUGAGACCUACCUUAGAAUAUUAUUCCCCUUAAUCAAAUCAGAAAUUCUGACCUACAUAUCAACCGUCCUCUACCCCGCCAUCUACGAUGGUUCUCAACCCUACACAACCCCGUUCUCCCGCCUCGACCUUCUGAUUUCCGAGAUGAUGAUAGGUUGUAACUCGAGAUUCAUCAGUACCGCGAAAGGAAAUCAGUCAUGGAAUUACAUGUUCUCGGUUCCGCCAGGUCAUCAUGGCGCUGAUGUCCCGUAUACGUUUUUCGAUGGGACUUUCAAUGAUCCUGUGACUAACGCAACGGUGGCCGAGAUGAUGCAGCGGUUUUUGGUUGCUUUUGUAAGUGGUGGGGAUCCGAAUGCAUUUCUUGGAGCAGAUGGCUUGGAGGGGUUCCCGAGGUAUGGAGAAGAAGCGAGGGUGUUGAAUUUCAAUGAAAGUUUCGUGGAUGUUAGGGAGGAUACUAUGAAGAAUUCUAGGUGUGACUGGUGGCAACUUGGCCUGUAUUUAUAGUUGUCCUGGACUCGAUAUUCUAGAAGUUGGCGUCCUUCCGCUGUAUAAUUCUCGUUCAGUUGGGAUUGUACCUGUGAUAGUGAAAUGUGUAAGUAGUAUUCUCGGG